AAGUUCGGGUGCUCCGAAGAGAGCGGCGGUGUCGCGAGUUCGGGUCGUGGUUGCUUCGGAGGAGAGGGCGUUGAAACGAAUCCAUCGUCUGCAGGUGAGGUUCCCCGGCCGGCAGCGGCGACUGAGAACGCAGGGUGUCACUUUCAACGCGGGAGGUGAAGGCGCCUCCUUUCUUCGGCUGCCCAACCGCGAGAAGAGUUGCCAGAUUCACGUUUUGGAUCCCUUUUUGGAUGUGCUCCUUUGGCCAUUCCCAGUGUGGGAGGGAGGGAGAGGAAGAGAAGCAGCAGUAAUAUUAUUGGUCCACGCUAGCGGUUGAAAUCUUGUUGGAAGAAGUAUUCUCUGGGUCCCUUCUUUUAAAAUACCUGUUUCGCAUAUACAGACCUGGAAAAAAAUGAACAAAGAUGCACAGAUGAGAGCGACUAUUAACCAAAAACUAAUAGAAACGGGAGAGCGAGAACGCCUUAAAGAACUACUAAGAGCCAAGUUAAUCGAAUGUGGCUGGAAAGACCAGUUAAAGGCCCACUGUAAAGAUGUCAUCAAAGAGAAAGGACUAGAACAUGUUACUGUUGAUGAUUUGGUGGCAGAAAUCACUCCAAAAGGCAGAGCUUUGGUACCCGACAGCGUAAAGAAAGAGCUUUUACAAAGAAUAAGAACGUUCCUCGCUCAGCAUGCCAGCCUUUGAUUCUCCGGUUGAGUCUUACCAUGUUGUGUUAAGUGAAUCAUGCCAGAAACUGGAAGACAUUUUUUUCCUCCAUGCUUUAGAGUGAAAGUUAACUUUUUUUUUUACAUUUAGUUACUGGAAGUGUCCUUGACUACACUGACAAUUUAAUCUUGAUAUUUUAAUUUUAAGAAAACUCCAGCCACCUUAUGACGUAUGUUGAAAAGAAACUCCGUUUCUUGCCAUUAAAAGUAUGUUGUGUGGCGUACUGUGA